ACUUAGAAUUUAUUUAGUUUUUAGUUUUCGUCACCUGUACGAUUAUAUUCACACCAUAGAUAUACACAGAAAGCUGAUAUAUCUCGCUCUGAGUCAAGCAUUUUGUAUUUGCAAUCAUGAGACUGAUAUGAGUGAUAAAUACAAUGUAAAAUAGAAUUUACUUAGUGAUCAGCCCAGUGACUUAAAGAGAUUUGAACACAUAUUGUAACACACUCAUUGUAACACAUUACAUUUCAAAAUGUAAAAGUCAUCACGUGUUAUCACACCCCUUUGUAUUGAUAACUGCAUGGAUUGUGAAUGUGCAAUAACACGAGAUUCUUAGUUUAUUCGACGUUUUGCUAUUUCCUCAACAGGGUAUACACAAGUAUACACAAGUAUAAAGUGUAAUUUGUACAGCAAUGAUAACGGAUUUGACAUUGCGGUGACAUUGUACGCCAAGAUAUACUGAUCAAGUGUUUGAAAGGCAGUUAAGCCCAAAUGAGACUUUGUUGGGCUCGCACAGGAUCAUGCAAUCAUUAUACCGAAGGAAUAUUAAAGCGCCACUCCCCAGGUGCAACUGAACAAUCAUGGGCACUUUAAACAGUCAGUCCACUGGCCAAUCAUUCCAGUCGUGGUUUGCAACCAAACACCCCCUUCCCCCCCGUUAAAGCCUCGGCUUCCUUUGCUGGAGGACUAGUGCUCCACGCGUUGUGCGGUUUGUUUGCCUGUCUUUUAUUCGGCGCUCCGGACACACUGAUCCAGAAGCAGCGGAACCUGGCAAAAGAUCGUCGGAAAUUGGUCUUCAAGAGUUAGCAGAGUCGGGAGCGACAACUUAAUUAUAGAACCGGAGUGAUCUACAUUCGAACCGGGACUCCACGUCAUUACAAGUCUUUCCUUCAGCUUUUUUUUUGGAAGAGAUCUGAGGACCCCACGCUAAUUAAGCAGUUAGUCUUAAGGUUCGAAGUUUUUAGUGUAAUUAAAUCUACCUCUACCUAGUGCCUUGACCGACUAUCCCUAAUAGAGGGACAAACCUGACCUAACCACGUUAUCUUAUCAGUUACAAUGGCUGACUCAGAGAUUGGAAAUAUUUACAUUGCGUGUACUCUCAAAUUAAUCGCUGCUAUUAAUAAUCGCUUGUGGUGAAGGUUGACGUCAUAUUUUUCUUACUAUUACCAAAAUACAGCAGUAAUUAAUCGCGCUGCUGUUGGGACAGUACGAUAUUAUUUUAUAAGACUUUGACCCUCUGAGAGUGAGAGUCAAGGUGAGACGCGUCAUCGGUGCUAUUUCGUCACGCUUGGUCUGUUAUUCGACACGGUCCGAUUCCAAGAGAAAUAGGUUCCGUUUAGUUGCCCAUUGAAAAAUCUGAAAAGGCUUAAGUAACAAAUAUACCCAGUUACCCUUAAAAACAUACAACAAUAUAUUUUCUCUGGGUUUGAUUCCGGUAGUUUGAAGUAGAUUGUGCCGCCAUGUGGAGAUUACCCAUGCAGUCCAGAAGGACCGGGUGACCCGUAUGUCAGUCCGUCUCAGAGAAACUAGGUGUGACUUGCCCUUUAACGGCCCAGAAACCGCUCUCUUACUCGCUCUCUAUCUUUUCCUUCUUUUCUCCUUCCACCUCUCCUAGCCCCCCUCUCUCUCUCCGCCUCUACCCGCCCUCUCCCUUUGCCUGACAGCCCCGGUUUCUGUGCUUCAGUGCCGUGCCCGUCCUCAGCGUGCGCAGUCACUCCGUGGUUCCUGCACUGUCCUGGGUUAUUCUCUCCCAGCUCCAUCAGCUCUCCCCCGGCAGGCCAUUUGCUAUGUCAGGAUCCACCUCUGUCUCCCCCAGUGGCUCCCAGGUCAUGCGCCUCAAGGAAGGAGGUUCUGGUUUGGGGGCGCUGCGCCAAGAGGAGAACGAGGAGGCUAACAUGCUGUUCCAGCUCCUUCAGGACGCCUUGAGAGAACUGGGGCUCCCCCUGACUCGGGAUGGGACAUUCCUGGGUGGCGCCCCUGCAGCUGGUGAAUCCUACUCUGCAAUGUGUAUCUGUGUGCUCGGCUCUCCUCUCCCUUACUUGUCUCUGCUGUUAGAAGCAGGUACAGUGUCUCCAGGGGAUGCCCUCCUUUGUCUCUCCCCCACUUGGCUUUCUUGCUGCCCUUCUCCUCCAUCUACUUUACUGCUGGUCCAUCGGGCUGUGUCCUUUGAUUUGGGGGGCCGCACCCAGUUGUUGACCUUUGACCCCCCAAGGCAGGUUACCUAUUUUCUCCCCUGUGCUCCCUGGGCAGAACAGAUACAGGAAGUGACCCGGGAGCUGGAUUGCCCCAUGGGAGGCUCAGCAGAUCUCUUCCAGUUCUGGGGCGACACUCUGAAUGCCCGGAUUGCAUUACAGAGAGGGGGUCUCUGCUGCCCCCCUACUUUGGCCGUGGUCCUCAGUCCCCUGACAGACAAGCUAAACUAUGGAGGGGACGAGGCUGGGGUAUGCAUUGUGGAGGUUACUGACUUUAUGAAGGAGGAGGAGGAAGAGAGGGUGAGGAAGGCAGUGCAGAGCUUCCUGGAGUCGGCAGUGGUGCAGAGAUCAGGAAAGGUAGUGCUGAAGUCAAGCAGGGCCCAGUGGCCAGGCAGGGCUGGAAUUCCUGUGCGCUUCCUGGACCAGAAAAACUUGGAGGCAGUGUGGGCAGGGCUUUGUUCUCUGCUGCCUCUACUGGAGAAAGGGGAGGCUGCAUUGCUGGAGGCCUACUGUCCCACCUUGACAAGGGGGGCUCGGGUUCGACUACAGAGCUGGGAGGGGUAUCAGGAUGCGAAUAUUCCAGCUCCUGAAUUGUCCAUGAAAAUCUGCGCUAUCGUUACCAGAUCUCCACAGGAUGUCCCUCUGCUCUACAAGCUGGUGUGCAGGGUUGGAGUCAGUGACUCUCCUCUCUCCCACCGGGACUCCCUCCCCCAAUCACUGAACACCGCGCUGCGGGAAUGGGGCUUCUCUGAUCCCUCCUUCUGCCUCUCAGUCCACCGCCUGCUGUCCCAGACUGCGCAGCGAUGCCUGCGUGUUGUCAUGGAUACUGAAGCAGGCCUGUCUCCUGACCAACGUGGAGGCAUAGCUGCCCAGACUGAUCUCAUUGGAGUGGACAUGCUGCUCUGCCUCUCGAAUGGUAGUGCGGAGCUGACCCCUGUGGUCCUGGGGCUGCAUUCCUGGCAGUGUCUUCAGAGCUGUGCCCUGGGGACGGCUGCAAUGACAGGGAAGGAGGAGAGAGGAGAGGCAGAGAGCCCUGGCUCCCUCCUCCACACCCCUCUCACUCGCUCACAGCGCCACCUGCUGCGGGGGAAGAGUGUGCUGGUGAUUGGGGCAGGGAGGAUCAGCAAGAAGUUCGUCUGGGAAUCCGCCAGAGACUAUGGACUGAAGAUCUUCCUGGUGGAGUCAGACCCCUCUCACUUUGCAGCAGGGUUGGUCUCCAGAUUCCUCGCCAUGGAUGUGACCGACCACCAGCAGGACGAGGAGCACUGUGCUCGCAUCUGUGCUUGGCUCUCACAAAACGACCUCCAGCCUGAUGGCUGCCUCUGUUUCUGGGAUGACUGCAUCGUUCUGGCUUCACUCAUCUGCCAGCACCUGGGCCUCCGCGGCCCACCUCCUGAGGCUGUCCAGACCUCCAAGGAAAAGAGCCGUACCCACCUCCAUCUUCUGGGGCUUUCUUCUUCAUCUCAGGAUGUAGGGUGUACUUCUAGAAUAUCCCGCAGUGCAUUUCACCAGGACCACAACUUGCUCUCCAAGCAGAAUGUCCACCUUCUGUUACCCAAGCCAUCUGCCUUGUCCCUCGCUUCAGAUCAGGAAGACAAAGAGGAAGAGCUGGGAUCUUCUCUUUCCCACAGUGUUGAUUGCAAUGGGAAGAAGAGUUUUGGCAUUGAUGAAUUGGCAAAAAGGAAGGAUGUGUUGGUGGAAAAAGAAACUGACAUCAGGGAAGACAGUGAAGAAGCACUUAAAGCUUUUGCUGAUGCCAAGCACCGAUUUGAUAAUGAAGAGAAUGCCAGUUUGGGUAACAACACAGAACAGGCAAUGAAGGAAGGGGGGACUGGGAUGAACGUUCUUUCGCAAAACAAAAGAGAAAUGUUUCAGAAUUUAUCUUGUGUGUGGAGUGAAGCUGAUCUUAAAGAAAAUGAGAAUUCAGAUAUUGAGAAGCAGUUGAUGGAGAAGAUGGAGGAAAAAGCUGUAGACAGAGAGAACAGAAUCAAGGUAGAUACAAGGAAUUUGGUAAAUCUUCAGGGGAAGGACAGUACAGCCAUAAAAAGUGAUUUAUUGGAAAAGAGGGAGCUUCAGAUUCUAGUGGAGCAGACCAGGGAUAGGGAUUCUCCUCUAGUGAAGAAAGAAUUGCCCCUUUCUCUGGCCACAGCACUCACAAACCAGUCUUAUCUCCCCAUCAUAGAACCCAAAUCCUGCUUCUCUCUACUGUCUCAGAAUGAGCUCCUUAGCCCAUCCAAUCUCUCCCACAAAUACCCCCAGCCUCUCACACUAGGUGUAUCCCAAAGCCUUUCACUCAACAAUGAAAAACUUUCCGAACAAAACUCAUAUUUCUCUUCCUCUAGCAAACCCCCAAAUCAGUCCCUGAAUUUGGUUCACCUCAUUGACAAUAAUCCCCAAUCCCUGCCCUCUUUCCCCUUUGAGUCUGCAUCCAAAAGUUUCAAAAUUUUCAGUUCCCAGCACCCAGACCCCCUAGGCCCUCUUGCCUCUCGCAGUCGCUCUGUCCCCCUGCUUUUCCCAUCCCCCCGGAUCUACGCUGUCCCUUGUGCACACGUGGAGAGUGCAGCCGACAUCCAGAAGGUUGUGACAGAUGGUGAGAUUGGGGACGGCAGCAUCAAACUCCGCUUCCCUGCCAUAAUGAAGCUGGAAUACGGGGCCGGGGCCGUGGGCGUGAAGCGGGUCGAUUCCCUGUCCGAGAGCCUGGCCCACCUGGAGAAAAUCGCAGGUGACCUACGGGAGGAGACGGACUACCCCGGCAUUGGGCUGGGUUGGGGGAAUGCCAUGACCCUGAUGGAAUAUAUUGGGGGCACAGAGCAUGACGUGGACGUGGUCAUCUUUGACGGCAGGCUGGAGGGAGCCUUUGUGUCUGACAACGGCCCCACAAGGGUCCCCGGCUUCACCGAAACUGCCGCCCAGAUGCCCACUGGCCUGCCGCGUGAUAAGGAGGCGCAGCUCAUCGAGGCCGCUUACCGCUGCUGCCUAGGUUGCGGCCUGCGGGAUGGGGUCUUCAACGUGGAGAUGAAGAUGACCCCUUCAGGACCCAAGCUCAUCGAGAUCAAUGCCCGCAUGGGGGGAUUCUACCUGCGCGACUGGAUCCGGGAGAUCUUUGGGGUGGACAUCCUCUUCUGUGCCUUCCUGAUUGCCUGUGGCUUGGCUCCCCGCUUGCCUCCUCAACGUCUGCCCGCCCUCUGCCACCUGACAGGGGUGAUGUGCGUGGUCUCCCAGCACCUCCACGCCUUGCGCACCACGGCCAGCCCCCCAGUGCUCAGGGAGCUGCACCGCAGGGGGGUGCUGCGGCUCUGUGAGAUGGAGGAGGAGCUAAUCGCUGGAGAGUAUGAGGAGCCCUACUGCAACGUGGGGGUGCGUGCCGAGCGCCCCCAAGAUGCCCGCCUCUCCCUCCUCACCCUCUCCCAGGCAUUGGGCAUUGACUCACCCCACUACCCCGUCAGCUACUUCCUGUCGCAUUUUAAAUAGGAGGAAAGGGGGGGAUAGGUGACACAAGGGUAGGGAAACAACAUUUCAGUCUUUCAGAUUGGAUUACAGUAAAUUAUAUUGCAGCAGAGUACUGUGGAUCAAAUCCUACUGGAGUCAAAUGUAGAUUACCUUAGAUUAAACUAAAGAGCAUGUGAUUUCUAAAAAUCUGGGGAAAUACCUUCCAUUCCAUUGUCUGCUCAGGAUAUUGUAGGGAGGGGAACAGUGAUAGAAAAUGGGAUAUCCAGAGAGAUUAAAGCUAUAGUUGUGUAAUUGCGCAAAAUCCUCUACAUUAAGUCAAAGCAACUGCACUGAUAUUAAAUUUCAGUAUUGUGGUUUAAAGUAAAUGGAAGCACACUAUCAGCUUCCGAGAGACAAAAAUAGUUUCAGCAUUAGAUUAUAAUACACCGGAUAAAAUUAUUUUAGACCAUAUCAGAUUACAGCCAUAGAUAAUUACAUUAAAUGCAUUAUUACUUUACAGCUGAUCACAGUAUAUUGCAAUGAACUGUAUUGAAAGGCAGCACAUAAGUCUUUCAUACUGAAUGGAGUGAUGUGAGUUUGUAUUAUAAUUACUAGUAUUGUACAAACACUCACCUCCAUUUUAUCUGAAUAGGGUUAAUUGGAAGGUUGCGCCUCUUGAUUUUUCUUCUCAGUUAAAUAGUUAAUUAACCUAACAAUAGGCUAUAGUUGUCUUCCUUCAUUGUUUUCAUCUUUUAAAAAUUUUGAGGGCUGCCUUUUAAUUAUUGUGUUUCAUGCAUAUCUUCAAAUACCCAGUUUUCACAUUUUCAAAUAUAAAGAAAAACAGUUCCUUCAAUUAAGAGCUCAUUUACUGUAUAUGAACAGGAACAAAAGCCCACAGGUGUGUAGAUGCCCUGCACUAGAAGAACACUACAACAAUAUAGUAGUGUACUCUAAUAUAUUAGUGAAAAUACAAAGUUGGUGCAUUAUUACUACAGUACAGUAUGUUAUUGAACUAGAGUCCAGUUAAUUGGGUUGGAACAGUGGAUCAUAACAUUUUAGGCUUAACAUUUUUGGGGCUCAAAACUUCUUUUCUGAGUUUUGUGUUCUCCAGCCACCCCACCCAGGUACUCCUGUCCUUUGCCAAGUCGUCUUUUUCCUCUCUUCCAGUUUUGGAAAAAGAGAAACAAAUAUCAAAGUAUAAUACAAAGGGGCAAAGUAUAGGGGCAGUUGGGCAGCUCUUUUAGACUGGACUGGACUCCUCUGAGUGACGCUCACACUUGCCUUGCUGGGUUGUCCUGAAUAACGGCAUGUGCUAAGCAAAUAAAUAUGAAGGAAACUUACAGAAUAUGCCAUUUGAGCUCAUUGGAUUAUGCUACAUUAUUCCAUUUUAUGUAAGAAAAUGUCCUUUUUAGACAAAAAAAGGCUGCUUAAAUACAGACAUGGAAUGUUGUCUGUUACACUGCAACAAAUUAAAGAUGCUGUAAAGAUGAUUGGAUCAAAUCAGAUCUAGAUUUUGUGCUAGAUCUUGAAGUAGGUAGCUGCGUCAGUAUGCGUAGGCUGCAAAGGAACAGGUAAAGGCUUAUCCCAUGCUGUAAGGAAAAGAAAAGAGACACAAUGUUUUGUCUGUGGAGCCUUCUUUACCUGUUCCUAGAUUAGUAGAUAUUAAGUUCAUAUUAACCACCUUUUGAUAAUGCUGAUUCUAACUAACUAGCAAACUCGGGGGCCUAAGUUAGAGAUCAUACUUAAAAUCUUUGUAGUAGCAGACGAGAUUAAAGUAAAUCACUAUAUAGUGCCUUGAAAAGUAUUUACCAAUCCUUCCAAUGAUAUCUCAUUUUCUGAAUUUCAAAACGAUGUAUGUUUUUCAUCAAAGCUUGAAUGCUCAACCCAAACUCUUUUAUGAGUGAAAGAUGUUUUCUUUGAGUACUCAUGUUUUAAUUAAAAUUAAUGUACGCAAUAUUUUCAACUCAGGAAAAUGUGAUAUGUUUGUGAAAUGGUGAAUGCUUGCAGGGCACUGUAUUCUAGAUUGAGAACACAGGCCAAAUAAACAUCAAAUUGCAUCAGUUUAUACUAGAUUAAUAAAUGAUUAGAGAUAAUUUUUAGAAUUGAUCAGUAGCCUGAAUUUUUUUUUGCAAUAGAAUAUUGGAUUAAAAUGGUUGUAUACCAUAAUAGUAGAACAAAGGAGAUCAGAUUGUAUUAGGUUUCUAGAUGAGAAUACAUGUAUUUUAGACUACAAUGAAGUAAACAAUCUAUUAAUUUAGAGUUAAAUUGGAAUGAAGGUGGUUGAAACUAAACAUUGUAUUUUUUCAGCCCCUCUCAAUUAUUGUUCUUCAUAGGUUAGAGUAUGUCUAAAUUUGGUAUAAAACACAAUAAUGUAUUCCUUUAGGGUUAGGAAAUACUUCAGUCUUGUAGUAGAUUUGUAAAUCACAUUAUAUCAGGGUGACACUAGGUGAAGCAGAUCAAAAUGCAUGACAUUAAAGCAUACACACAUCCAAGUUAAGGAGAUCACUUUAUUAAAUGAAGUUGAUUUAUGUGAAGGGAAAUAAAAAAAAAUCUGUUUUACUAAUUUCAGGCAGCAAAACAGAAGGGCAUACAAGUGGAAAUUUCCAAAAUGGCACUAGAGCACAUUCUUUUUUCUGGUAAUGUUUGGUCAGGCUUCUCUGUGGGGCCUGGUCUCUCAGCCUGAGGAUCACUGUCACUUUGCAGCACUUCAGGAGUGAGGGGCUGAGGGCAGUGGGGAAGGGGAAGUUUGGAUGGCCAAAUUUCUUGAGACGGAAUUCUCCUCAUGCUCCAGGGUCAUGGCUUAAUAGCGUCUGCACUUUAUGGAUAUCUCAUUGCAGCAGGGCAUAUGCAUCUGAUUUACAUUACAAAAUAUGGUAUUGACGUUGCAAGAUUAUAUAUUAUCAGUCUCACACAAACCUUCUAGAUUACAGUCAUUUUAUACUAAUCUUCAGGAUCACAUUACUUCAGAAGUAUUCAUUGUCAGUUAAAGAGGAGUGUGGGGAGUCUGGUUGCUCUAGCCAACAUGAAGAAAGAUGCAGACAUCAGACAGAACUUUCAUGGAAUUUAAAAUACUAUUUUAAAAUCAUGUCCAUAGAGAACAGCAUGUUAAUAUUCCAAUUCAUUUCACCUUUGUAUUAUUAUUAUUAUUAUUAUUAUUAUUAUUAUUAUUAAUGGUAGUAGUAUUUAUUAAACAUAUGGUGUGCAUCCUGGAACUCAAUGACUUUUGCUACAGCUCCAGCAGGCUGCAAGAGGGAACAGAGUAUUCUCGUGAAUGAGACAACAGCCAUGAGAUAUUCCCUUUCUUAUAGUUGAUUGUUAUUAUUACAAGGUAUGAUUUUGGCUGAUUUUUUUCCAUCAAUUCAAACAAUAAUAAAUGAUCCUG